AUGUCAUUGUUCUCAUCAGCAAAUUCCUCUGGUCAGCCCAAUAUGGAUGUUCAGCACCUCUCUAGAGAAUGCCCUUCCUCAGAAUCAUCUCUUACAUUGUUGACAAGCCAACAAGAGAUAAGUUUUUUUCAACCUGAUUUCCUUGCUGGCACGAACAGCAGACUUACUAGCACUGGGCACAACAAUAGUACGACCAACGUGGAGGAACGGAGCUGUUCGCAACCUCCACAUACUUUGUGGACCUUGCCACAGAAAAGAUCAAAUCAGAGUCUAACCGCCGGAAGGGUUGGAGACCCGGACGAACCCCAUCCACGAGUAUUUUCUGGUAUCUUCUCGGCGAAACGGUUGAAAGGCCCGAUUACACCUCCGUUACCCAGCCCUCUGUCCUCAUGUAACAAUUUGGUCACGACUGGCUUGUCACAGCCAUUACUAGAUCUUUCGGAUGCAAAGGCAGUGUCGCCGAAGCGAGCGGGUCCUGCAGAAGCUACUGAGGAUCAACUUGAUUUUGACCGUCUAAAGCCUCUGCGAUCACCUUUUGAAUUUAGAGAGCUCGUUGCCAGUCAAGUUGACCGAUAUGCGAAAGAUGGCAUCCAACGCUUCGAUCUCAAUAGACCAAUGCGUAGCGAGAACUCAUCCGGGUAUAUCUACUAUGCGCCCACGAACCCUUCUGACAAGACCGAUCAAACAUUACAUGCACAUCGCAGGGUUCCACGCCGACAGCUAUCCUAUGGUGACCCACGAAGCAGACCAGGGUCAAGGCCCCUCCAUAGGACUACGGGAUCAUGGGAGCUUAGACAUGAAGCUGAACGGCACGCAGAGGACUUAGAUCUUAGUUUUAGGUCAGACAGCACGUCGAAUGUUUCUGCUGCUAGGCCUUACCAUUCUGAGCCCAUAAAGAGCAAACCUAGACUCUGGCUUGAUUUGUCAGAACAGGACAAGAUUCAAGAAGCAGUGAGUAUCCUAAAGCUGCAAGAAAUGCAGAAAACAGUUACCGAAGUCCAUGUUAAUGAUUUGAAGCACGCAAUCACAAUCAGAACAAGCCCAUCAAAGCCUCAGGUGAUCAGUACACCACGUCGCCGCGUUGCGAUUAAUACUUUCCAAACAUCGACGUCGGUCUGCCCUGAUCGAGGCUUCUCGAUUGCUUACCCACAUACACCACCUCCGACCCCAGCAUCAGUGGUUGGGCUUGGCAUAGAGUCCGUCUUAAACGGAAAAUAUGACGAGGCAUAUGAAAGGAUCAAGGCUAAACAGACCUGGACUCAGACACCCCCAAGCUCGAACCCAUCGUCAACAGUUAAUGUAAGACGCGUUCCAUUAGAGACAACCCGUCCGGUCAGAGCAGAUACCCCCAGGCCUACGGCACCUGUUCAACUUCAGCCGAGCGAAUUCACCUAUCGGAUCAUAACAGAGCUCGAAGCCUCGGUUGCUAGCAUUCCACAGGUAAACUUGCAACUUGACAGCCCGGUGAUCUUCCAGAUAUGUCUCCCAGCCGGGCAACGUAGAGUUCCACGGGAAACACCGCCGGGACCCCCGAGCCGCUAUUCGAACUUCAACGGUCCCCUAUCAAGUCAUCCCACUCACUCUGCACCAAAGUUUCCCCUUCAAGCAGCAUCUGGACAAGACUUCCCUGUUCCUCCCACCAUCAUGCGCUCUCUCCACAUCAUCUUCCCCCACGCCUCGUCCCAACUCCUGUCAUCACUUCAAGCCACUUACCUAGCUCUUCAUUAUAUCUCCGCGAUCCACCUACCCUCGCCUUCAUCCUGUUCCCCACCAAUCUCCUCUGUUGAGACACAUUCGCCUUUGUCGCCCAACAUGUCAUACAUCCCAGCAAAAGCCCGCGCUAUGCUUGGCUUGCAGACACCAACUACCAGGCCAGGUUUGCCCUCAUCCUGGACGCGGUCAGAGACACGAGGAUGGAGGGAGAGGAUCGAGGACUUGGAAUGUAAGCUGAGAAGUGAGGUGGUGAGAUUUAUUAGGAUGUGUGAAGGGAGCGAUUUGGGCAAGAACGACGCACUCGUGAGAGCUGUUGGGCAAGUUGUUAGCAUUGGGCAGGAGGGACGCGCGUAG